CUUCUUGUUUUCCCCUCUAUAAAAGAAGCCUAGACCUCAAGGGACAAUGACCACAUAAAAGUCCCUCAAUAUAGUAAAGGAAAAAAAAAAAAAAAAAAAGAGAGAGAGAGAGAGAACCAAAGUUGUGAGAUGACAGAUGUUAAGUUGCUUGGUCUAUGGUACAGCCCAUUUAGUCACAGAGUUGAGUGGGCUCUAAAGAUUAAGGGUGUCAAAUAUGAAUUUACAGAAGAAGAUCUACAAAACAAGAGUCCUCUACUUCUUGAAUCAAACCCUGUUCACCAAAAAGUCCCUGUUCUCAUUCACAAUGGCAAGUCCAUUUGUGAGUCUAUGGUAAUUGUUGAAUACAUUGAUGAGGCAUUUGAAGGUCCUUCCAUCUUGCCUAAAGAUCCUUAUGAUCGAGCUAUUGCUCGCUUCUGGGCUAAAUUCCUUGAAGAUAAGGUGCCAGCAGUGGGAAAAACUUUCUUUCGCAAGGGAGAGGAGCAAGAGAAAAGCAAAGAGGAAGCUUUAGAAGUGCUGAAAAUUCUUGAUAAUGAGCUCAAGGGCAAGAAGUUCUUUGUGGGUGACAAAUUUGGAUUUGCUGAUAUUGCUGCAAAUUUUGUGGGGCUUUGGCUGGGAGCUUUUGAAGAAGCCUCUGGAGUUGUUUUGGUGACAAGAGAAACAUUUCCAAACUUUUGUGCUUGGAGAGAUGAAUACAUUAAUUGUAGCGAAAACAAGGAAUAUUUACCUCCAAAAGAUGAGUUGAUUGCACAUUUUAAAGCUCGCUUUCAAGCUGCUGCAGCUGGUUCAAAAUGAACACCUCUAGUGAAUUUCAAGAUCCAAGUGUGGGAAUAAAAAUAGAAGUGAAUCUACAUGUUUCGUCACAAUUUUGUGAAAAAUCAUAAUGCAAAUUUUGUAGAUUUUUCGUAAUCAUUAGUAUUGGUUCGAACUUGUAAAAGAAAAGGUUAAUGGUGUUUCACUUUAUGAAUCUUACUUUCUUUUUUAGUCUAUUAAAAAAUGUCGCUUUCUACUUGAGUUCGAAAUUUUGUGUAGGAAGGCUGGUUUAGAAAGGUAUAUGACAUGUCUGAAAGUGCCUCGUGUUACUGUUU